AUGCUCGUGUCACUUACCGUCGGCAAAGUUGACGCUGGUGUUGCCGUACUGCUUACAGAGGACAAGCGGCUGAUUGAAUUUCCUUCCAUCUUGCUACCGCCAGAUAUAUCCUCCGGAUCGAUAGUCGACAUCACCGUUGCGCGCAACCUUCAAUCCGAGGCUGCAGCCGAUUCAGCCUUCAGCAACCUGCAGAAUACCAUCUUCCGUACGUUUGGUCAGCGCGCACCUUCACCUCCCGUCCUACGCUGUCGCAAUGCAACGCAGACAUCAGUAGUUCUGGAAUGGGACCCAGUGGACAUUGCUACCGCCUCUCUUAGAAGCUUAAGUCUCUAUAGAAAUGGCAGCAAGGCGGGCACGAUACCUAGACCGACGGAAACGCUCUCCACGAAGAUAAGUGGACUAGCUGUGGACACAGAGUACACGUUCCAUCUAGUCCUGAGAACAUCCGCCGGGACAUUCAAUUCGGAGCGCCUGACAGUCAGGACCCACAAGAUGACGGAACUUAGUGGUAUCACUAUUACCCCUGGUGUGAUGCCUGCACAACUGAAAGAAAGCCUGCACAAGACGGCUGAGAAGAUCGGAGCCAAGAUUGUCGACCAAGUCCGUAUUGACACAACACACUUUGUGUGCACAGAAGGGCGAGGACAAUUGUGGGAAAGAGCUGUGGAGACGAAUGUACCAGUGGUGGUUCCAGACUGGCUUAUCGGCUGCGAAAGAGAAGGACGGAUAGUGGGUGUGAGAGGCUACUACUUGAAUGCUGAUCCACGACUACGACAAGUUGGCCCUGGAGUACAACAGCAGCAGCAGAAAUCACCACAGCCAAGCCCCCGCACAGAAGUGACACCGCCAACCCCGGACAGAACGACUGCAGCAGGCACGGCAAAGGAGGAUGACGUCGAGAGCGAAGAUGACGAAGAGGGUCCACCACCUCCACCAAAAACGGACGAGACAGAUGCACCCCCUGAACCCAAGACCGCCACCGAAGAACCUAAAGCACGUGUUGAGGAUGUCAAGCCCUCAAGUUCACAUGGUGAAGAGGGCCCAGACAAUGACGAUGAGGACUCAAAUGGUACAGAGACGGAUGAUUAUGAUGAGAAGGCAUCAGAAGCAGGUCAUAUACCCGUGAGGACUAAACAGCAAGGCGGUACGGAUACACCAGACAACGAGAAAUUUGACGAUGUUGCGCUUUAA